GGAGAAGAGGUGCGAACAGCGCGGGGACCAGUCGCGCCGAACCCCCAGUCCGCCCCUCUCCGGCCGGCCUCUCGGAACCGCCACCAGAGGUCCCCGGGGCCGCGGGUCGGAAGUCAGCUUCCCUCCUACUUCCCUCCCACCUCGUCCUCGUAGCGGCUCCGCCCCGCUGCGCCGUCGGCGCCAAAAUCAAACCCGCCUGGGCCCGCCCCGCCCCUCGCCUCCGGCUCCGGCCCGGCCACCGGAAGACCCGCCGCCGGAGCCAUGUCGAAGAAAAAAGGACUAAGUGCAGAGGAGAAGAGAGCCCGCAUGAUGGAAAUAUUUUUUGAGACGAAAGAUGUAUUUCAAUUAAAAGACAUGGAGAAGAUUGCUCCCAAAGAGAAAGGCAUUACUGCUAUGUCAGUGAAAGAAGUCCUUCAGAGUUUGGUUGAUGAUGGUAUGGUCGACUGUGAGAGGAUUGGAACGUCUAAUUAUUAUUGGGCUUUUCCAAGUAAAGCUCUUCAUGUGAGGAAACGCAAGUUGGAGGUUCUGGAAUCUCAGGUAUCUGAGGGAAACCAGAAGCACACAAAUCUACAGAAAAGCAUUGAGAAAGCUAAAAUUGGCCGACAUGAAACAGAAGAGCGAACCAUGCUAGCAAAAGAGCUUUCUUCACUUCGAGACCAAAGGGAACAGCUAAAGGCAGAAGUAGAAGAAUACAAGGAAUGUGACCCACAAGUUGUGGAAGAAAUACGUCAAGCAAAUAAAAUAGCCAAAGAAGCUGCUAACAGAUGGACUGAAGAUGGAAUCAUGGAUGCGGCCAAUUUUGAGCAGUUUCUUCAGGAGAGAAUCAAAGUGAAUGAAAAAACUGGAAAUCUCGGUGGAGGGGUCGUAACCAUUGAAAGGAGCAAAAGCAAGAUCACUGUGACUUCCGAGGUGCCUUUUUCCAAAAGGUAUUUGAAAUAUCUGACCAAAAAAUACUUGAAGAAGAAUAACCUCUGUGACUGGCUGUGCGUGGUGGCCAACAGCAAGGAGAGCUACGAGCUAUGCUACUUCCAGAUCAACCAGGACGAGGAGGAGGAGGAGGACAAGGAUUAGAAGUCCUGUGUCUGGGAUAUUUUGUAUAAUCUUUAAAUAAAAUCUAGGAAUUAC